AUGGAUGACGAGGCUGUACUCAACCAGCUGACGGGCCUGUACGAAAAGCAGAAGCAACUCGCAAAAUCGGCAAGCGACCGUAAAGGCCAAAGACCUCGCCAGAAGGCCACUCGCGCAGAGCUCUGCGACCAAUUCAGCACUCAUGCCGCAGCUCAGGUCCCAUCAUUGUACAGUAUGGUGAGACAGACAGCCAUCGGAUAUGCAUAUCCGCCAUGCAGCAUCCCGCUCGCAAACCUCGAGCCGAUCGCCAUCAACGAGCUCGAGCUGGAGACUGUCCACCGCGGCCGGGUGCUUGUCGUGCGGACUUUCGGAUACCCUUCCCGGAUUCAGGCUGUGCAGAACGCCAUCGAGGAUCGCGAAUUGUCGGUCGACCGACUUGCAGUCUACAACUUUGACAUGCAGCUUCGACCAGAGCAAUUACUCCCCAAAGGCCAGCUGCUUGCAGUCAAGGAGCCCUAUUAUAAGGUGACGGCGGAUGGAGCCCCAGUAGUGCGGGUUGACCACCCAUCAGACCUUGUGGUGUUGCGGCCUGAAGACGCUAUCAUUCCCAUGCAGCUACGUCCGAAGUUGCUGGAACUUGUCGAUAGCCUUUCUCACUGGAAGGCGAAAGGCAACGCAGCCUUCAAGGCGAAAGACUACCGAGGCGCCAUUGAGAUGUACUCAAAGGGCAUCGACUACCAACAGAUGGGUCCUGAAUGUCACCAGCCAAAGGAGGAAGGUACUCUCAUGUUGCGGCUGGAUAUGUACCGCAAUCGGGCACAGGCAAACAUCUACCUGGGCCGCUACGAAGCCGCUUUGGCCGAUGCUGAGGCAAGCUUCAUUAUCACGAAUGCAUGGACCCAGGCUGAAGCCAGUCAUGUCAACAGCAAAAUCAAGGCUUUCUACCGCGCAGGAAUCGCAGCGUACCACCUUCAAAACUACACCAAAGCUGAAGAGAAGUUCGAAGCAAUCCUGGAGAUGGUACCUUCGGAUGCCGAUGCACAGCGUGAGAUUCAGCGUAUCAGACGGCGUCUUGUCGAGCAAAGCUUGGGCGCGUACGAUUUCGCGGAGAUGAUUGACAACGCCAUGAUGACCAACAAGCGACUUGAUGUUGCCGAUUUCACAGCCAAUGUCAUCGUACAGAAGACGGCCGAUCGAGGCCAUGGUCUCUUCACUACCAAGACGAUCAAGGCGGGCGAGCUAGUGCUUGUUGAGAAAGCACUCUUCGUGGCCUUCAACACUGACGAAGGAACCGAUCAGAGCGUCAUCAUGAACCUGAACACCGACGUAAUGUCUGUUGGAACACAUUCCACACGCCUUAUCGGCGUAGUGCACAAGCUGCUGCACAGUCCCAAGCUGGCAGAAGAGUUCAUACGUCUUUAUGAUGGCGGCUAUAAGCCUCGCGGUGUGAAGAUCGUCGACGGCGUUGUAGCUGUUGACACAUUCCAGGUGGAGGCUGCGCUCGACUAUAAUGGCUUUGGUCUUCCUGCCGACCCCACUGCGGUCGAUCGAGACAUGGCCGAUCAACCAACCUCGUCGACUGGCGUCUGGCUCACGUCUUCGUUCAUCAAUCACGACUGCAUUGGCAAUGCGGCUCGUUCUUUCAUCGGAGACAUCAUGGUCAUUCGGGCUACCAAGGACUUGAACAAAGGCGAUGAGAUCCUGAUGCGCUAUAAGAACUCAGAAGAUGACAUAGAGAGCUUCCAGAAGUCCAUGCUGAGCGCCUGGAAAUUCAAAUGCAGCUGCGCGUUGUGCGUUGCGGAGGCUAAGACCCCAGAGCCUCAGCGCCAGCGACGACUGCAACUCAUCAAAGAUGCCAGAACCUUUCUUGAGACGAACCAGAUCACCGAGCAGCAACCCCCUCCUCUAGGCUUGAUUGCAAAGGCCGAGCAACUCCGUGCAAAGAUCGAAGCAUCAUACGGUCAAGCACAAUUCAAAGACCUGCCUCGUCAAGGCCUCCACGACCUGAGCCUGUGGAUCUGCAUGACACACAUACUCGGUGCACAGCACAAGGUGCAGACGGCUGCAGUUGCAGUUCUACGGGAUCUCGGAUUCAUGGUAUCUGUCAAGAAGAACAAAGUGUCAAUUGAGCGAACCCAUUGUCGGAUGGACAUGUCGGGUGUUCAUGCUGGGAUGUACUUGGCGGUAGCGUACUAUCGCAAGGGUCAGAAUGAGGUGGGAGAAGAGCUGGAGCGCUUCACGAUGGAAAUGUACAAGACGAUUCAUGGGUGUAUGUUACGCUUUGAGGAGAAGUUUGGUGUGAUCAAGGGAUAA